GAGGGGAUGUAAAUUAUUGUAGUCUGAAAGCCUGCAGAAAAGCAAGUUGCAGCUUCAACACCGCUUGUGUCUAACUGCACCUGGAGGAAUUUGCUUCGCCACAACCCAACAGCCUGCAAACUGUAAACUAGGCAAUGAAGAGGAAAACAAUACAGAGAGGCAACGGCAACUGAUAGCAAAAAAAAAAAUCACCAAUCAGUCUGUCACAAGUCAGAAACCUGACAGUAGCAGAAAAAGUGGAGGAGGACAUCCAUUAGCACUAGCCAGAUACCAGCUCAGAAAUUGGCAGUCUGUGUUUCUCAGAGGCUCAGAUAGAGGUGGCUGGUCUUGUAAAUGCAUGAAGCCCAAGUAUCCAGGAGUAAAGGCAGAGAGGGAAGACUAGACAUGGAGUUUGCACCUUUCUCAAUGAGCAUCUUAUACUGAAACAAACAAAGGACGAUUCAGCGUGUAUGUGAAACAUGAAUGUAACAGAGCUACACUCACAUGUGCGAUGGCUGCAGAACCUCACUCCUGCUGAUGAUACAAUGCAUAAGAUGAAAAGAACAUCUGCUUUAUGUGAACAAGUCAGUGUAGCCAUUGAGAUAUUUCUAACCCUAGGCAUUAUGAGUCUACUGGAAAAUAUUUUGGUCAUUGCUGCAAUUAUUAAGAAUAAGAACCUCCAUUCUCCAAUGUAUUUGUUUAUCUGCAGCCUGGCUGUUGCUGACAUGCUGGUAAGUGUGUCCAAUGCAUGGGAGACCAUUGUAAUCACCUUAGUUAACAACAGGCAUUUGAUUGUUGAAGAUAACUUGGCCAAACAGGUGGACAAUGUCUUUGAUUCGCUGAUCUGCAUUUCUGUUGUGGCAUCCAUGUGUAGCCUCGUGGCCAUAGCUGUCGAUAGGUACGUCACCAUAUUCUACGCUUUGCGUUACCAUCACAUCAUGACAGUAAAACGAGCUGCUUUUAUUAUUGCAGGUAUCUGGUUGUUCUGUACUGGCUGUGGUAUUAUCUUCAUCAUCUACUCUGAGAGCCCACCCGUCGUCAUAUGUCUGGUCACCAUGUUCUUCAUUAUGUUGGUCCUCAUGGCCUCCCUAUACAGCCACAUGUUUCUCUUGGCUCGCUCGCAUGCAAAGCGAAUUGCUGCUUUGACCGGCUACAACUCAAUCCACCAGAGAGCAAGUAUGAAGGGGGCUAUCACGUUAACAAUCCUGCUUGGUAUUUUUAUCAUUUGCUGGGCUCCAUUCUUCCUGCACCUCAUCCUCAUGAUCUCUUGUCCCAGAAAUCUGUACUGUGUGUGUUUCAUGUCACACUUCAAUUUGUAUUUGAUCCUCAUCAUGUGUAACUCAAUCAUUGACCCUCUAAUCUAUGCCUUCCGUAGCCAGGAAAUGCGGAAGACGUUCAUGGAGAUAAUUUGUUGCUACAAUUUGAGGGCGGCUUGUGUUGGACUUUCUGACAAAUAAGCCUGCAGCAAGUGAAGACAGCUCCCUUUCAAACCUCCCCACUUUGUGAAACGUGAAUGAUUAAAAUCUGGUCACCAGUUAGUCAUUUCAGAGUAACAUCAAGCAAAAUUCUUUCACAGGUCAAUGGCAGCUCCCAGAUUUCUUUCUCGUUAUUUAAGGAAUGGUUUUCCUUGAUGUUGGAGCAACCUAUGAAUAAAAGGAAGAAGAAGUAUAAUCUCCUUAAAAUAGAGAAAAGGAAAAUGAAUAAAGUUGUUCUGAAUUAGGAAGGAGUUUUAAUAGACUUGGUGGAGAGAAAAAGGCUGAACAGUUAAGGCUGUUACAACACAGCAGUGAACCCUUCUGUUAAUUUAACCAAACACCCAGAAAAGCUCACCUCACCUUGUAAUC